AAUAGCGCAUGCGCCGUAAAUGCCAGGAUUGCUCACACGCGACAAACAACACUCGCUGUGGCUUAAAUUGAAGGUACUCCAGGCCACUCUUCCUGGUGGUACUUUAGAACUGCCGUCGAAGACCAAAGCUAACUUUUGCCCAGUCCACUCGCGCUAGCCAAUAAGCAAAAGGAGCACUCAGUGAAGAUGCAGAGAAGAAGACCGGCCUACCAAGUUAUAGAUGGAGUUCCGAGGUGCAUAUCGCUGAAUCCCGAGAGAUUGAGAGAAGCAUUGAACUUCAGGGCAAAGAAAGGAGACCUCGUGCAAGUAACGUUUCCAAAGAGCGGAACGCAUUGGCUCAUGUACAUCACGCACUUAAUUCUUAGGAAUGGACAACAGAUGACGACAUACCAAGAGUUCGCCAAGGAGUGGCGCUUUCUUGAGUACAUGGAUAUCAAGGAUUUCAGCUCGUCUCUGCCUGUGAGAACACUCGUCUCGCACUUGGCAUUGGAGCAGCGCGCGAUGACAAAAGAAGGCAAGUACAUCUACCUUGCCCGAAAUCCGUGGGAUGUCUGCGUGUCAUUCUACCAUAUGGCGACGAACCUGAGUGGUUUAAAAUUCCAAAACGGAACAUUUGAAGAGUUUGUGAACGUUUUCGUGAGUGGUAAUUUUGGCUACGGUGACUACUUUGAACAUGUUGCCGCUGGUUACGCACUCAGGGACGAACCGAACGUGCUCUUUUUGACGUACGAGGAACUCAAGAAGAACACCCGUGAGGUGACACUGAGGCUGGCGCAUUUCCUGGGAGAGCAGUACGGCCGGGCUCUAGAGCAGGACGGAACGUUACUACAGAAAGUGCUCGAAAGAUCGCAGCCCGAAUACAUGCGUGAUGUGGUGGUCAUAGAUCUAAGUGGCAGAGACAACCCGCAGUGGAAAGAGGUGCUCUCGCGCGAAAAGUUCACCUGCAUCGAAGGCCACGAAGGCGAUGAGAACAAGUACGCUCUCGUUAGAAGGGCCAAAAUCGGGAGCUGGAAGGACUACUUCACGCCAGAGCUACUUCAGAAGAUGGAGCGUAGAAUUCUGGAGGCCGAAAAAAAGUCUUCAUUCAUAGACCUCUGGAAGGACAUCCGAGCUGAAGCUAUUGCACGCAUUCAGGAUACGAAAUAAACAUCCACAUGUUCUGCUACCUAGAA